GACAAACAAAUUUGCGGUGUUCGGUUCAUUUUGUAUCUUGACGAUGCAAAUUUAUAUUAUAAAUCGUGAUAUUUAUUAAAAUUAUUCCAAUGGUGGAUUAAUUAGAACAAAGUUGAACAUGCCUUUCUCCAAAACUGCAAUAUAUCUUCUGUGCGUGUUGUUAUUACUUUCAAUAUUUGUGACGAAUUUGCUUAACAGUAUUGCGACGGAUCACAGUUACUCUGAAAACCAAAGAGAAGGCGAAAAUUUCACCAAAUACUUGGCUGAUAAAUACGGACGCAUAACAGACGCAAAGGAAAAUUUAAUUUGGUUUAUGCAAAUAUCGGACAUCCACUUAAGUAUAUUUAGGGAUCCAGGAAGAAUAUCACAGUUUCAGCAAUUUUGCGAUAAUACUGUGAAAAAAAUUAAACCAGCAAUUGUGCUGGCAACUGGGGACUUGACUGAUGCUAAAGCCAAAGACAACCUAGGCAGCUCCCAGGUUAAGACGGAAUGGAUUUAUUACCACAAUAUUAUUAAAGAAUCCAGAGUCACAGAAGAAACUGUUUGGUUAGACAUAAGAGGCAAUCAUGAUAAUUUUAACAUUAGAACAUUAAACUCACAAGAAAAUUUCUUCAGAAACUUUUCUGUUCAGGGAAAAACAUAUCCUAAAUCAUAUGUGCAUUAUGAAGAGAAGAAUGGUGUAAGGGUUGCAUUUAUUGGCAUAGAUGCAUGCCCAGAGCCUGGUUUGAGGAGACCAUUCAACUUUGUUGGUAUUCUUGACAGUCAAGAACAACAACAAAUAAGAACAUUACAAGCAGAGGCAAAUGCAAAAGCUGAUCAUAUUGUUUGGUUUGGGCACUACCCUACAUCAUGCAUCCUAUCACUUGACACGGGCACUGAGAAGUUGGAUUUAAGGACACUGAUUGGUGACAGCAAAGGCUCUCAAGUAUAUGUGUGUGGACAUCUGCACACUAUGGCUGGGCGUGUUCCUAAAAUGUACACAAGGCAUAGGAAAGGAUACAUGGAAAUUGAAUUAGGAGAUUGGAAGGACAACAGAAUGUAUCGCCUUGCAGCCAUAGAUCAUGGUAUAUUUUCAUUUGUAGACCAGAAACAUAACACAUGGCCUCUUGUGUUGGUCACAAACCCAAAACAUGCAAAAUAUACUUUGCCUGGAAGAGAACCCCUGCAACUGAUACCGGAUUCAACUCAUUUAAGGAUCCUUGCAUUUAGUGAUGUCAACAUUGACACUGUUCAAAUAUCAUUUGACAAAAUUAGCUGGAUGAAUUGUAAACAGUCAGAAGGACCUCUUUAUGUCUGUCAAUGGCUGCCGCACUUGUUUUUACGAGAUAUUAAUUAUCUCUAUGUGACAGUCAGUGAUGAGUUGGGAAAAGAGGCAUUUGUUGAACAUCCAUUUUCUAUGGAUGGUUCCACAUUGAAUUUCGACAUAAUGGCGAGAAUACUCCUUAUGCUUGAUGCACGAGUAGUGUUCCAGGCAAUAUUUGGAAGUCUACUUUUGAUGAACGUUUUACCGUUAGUGUAUUUACGGUGGCAGAGGCAACCACCGACAUGUCGAAGAAGAUUGACCCGCUAUGUGUUGAGAAGCCUAUGGCUCCUGAGUAAAAUUGACAAAAUAUACUAUCCAAUCGUUCUGUAUGCAGUUUACGUGCCACUCGGACCCUGGGCGGUCGGUGAGCUAAUCGACGGGCACGUGGGCGUGGUCUUCGCCUGGGGGAUAUUGAUUAAAGGAACGUUUUUGCCUGAGCCGUUCACUUAUAUGUAUGGAGGGGUACAACUACUGUUUAUACAAAUCCCUCUUAUAUUUGUGUUAUCGCACACAUUACAGAAACGACUUUAUAGUUCAUAUUCUAGAGGCUUAAAAAGAUUGAUUGAGAAUCUACCAUUCAUUAUGCUACUCUCUGUUCAGUUGUUGUUGGCAUACUUCUUUUGGUUAGAAUAUGGAAGCCUGGCGUUUAUAUUUGGACCUCUCAGAACAUGGAGUGUUUUACUAAGUGUUGCAUUGUGGUACAAAAUCUUAACACUAUCUCCCGAUUACUGCAGAAAACUUGUACACUUGAACGAGCACACGCCAUCAUAAUGUUGUCUUCGUGUGAAGAUAUCGUAUGAGGCAUUGAAUAAAUCAUUUUAUAAGAGAGCGGCCGCUAAUAGAAAAGGUAUUCCUUCAUUGCGUAGACCUACAGUAGGUAAACUAUUCGUUUUAAACCAAAUAAUAUUUAAAAAAUAUUCGAUGUGGUCUCUGAGAAAAAUAUCGUCUGUGUUUUAGUAUUAGUAUUUAGUGUAACUAGAGAAAGCGAUGUCGUUUAUAGACUCACUGUUUCAAGCAACGUCGAUCGAUGAUUUAAUACCUAAUUAACGAAGUGGGCUUGUCAUAUUGCCGUUUUGGAGCUUGGAAGACUUUGUCUAGUAUUGCAUGAGUAUUUACUGUAUAUUGUUCACGGGCUGCAUACUAGACCGUUUGCUGGCGACGCUAUCGUCAACGACAGGUUCUAGUCCAUUAUAGUGGCGAUCAGUCCAUCAGAAAAGUAAAGCCACGUCUCAGUAAGGCGUAAGCUCGACACGUCUUAGGAACAUGUACUGUAUAUUUUUGGAUCCACUGUAGACUUUCAGCCAAGUUAAUGGUAUAAAGUAGGUAAAAAAAAAAUCGUAAGGCUUCAAAUUGUUCAUAAGUCAUGAAGGAGUUUUUACUGAGGAAAGUGACCAAGCCCUCCAGUGGCAUAAUAUGCCACUCCUAUAUAGGCCUAUACACGGUGUAACAUGAGGAAAUCGAAUAAUUUUAACAGCGUAUUCCAGAUCAUAUUUAGAGACAAAAAUGUCCUAUAAACUUUUUUGAAAUUCGCCUAGUUUCAGAGAUAAUAUUAAUUUAAAAAAAUACAAGUUUUUAUUGUUACAUAGUGUAAAAGGCCUUUUUGAUGGUGGUGUUGCUGCUAUGGGACGUGGUCUAAAUAUCCUUAUUGAUAGAUGUCAAAAAGUGACAAGUAACACUUUGCAAAAAGUAGGUUUUACGAAAAAAACAUGUAAAAAUCAAUUUUAAGUGACAAGUUUACCAAUAUCAUUUAUUUUUUAUGUACAAAUACAUUCAAAAAUUUUAAAAAACAAAAAAAAAAAAUUUUUUUUUGGCGAAAUUGACCUAAGCUCAUAUUAAAUUUUUUCCUUCUUUUGACCUCAGAAAUGCGUGGUUAAAAUUAUUCCUCAUGUCACACCGUGUAUAGGCCGAAUUCGUACUGGGGUCUUCAGCUUUCGCGGCUAACGCCAUAACCUCUGGGCCACCCGGUCACAGCGGCUCUCCUUUUUCUCUUUCUUCUCUUUGAAACACUAGGCGCCUCAGACCAUAUAAUAUAAAUAAUAAUACAUCAUUUCAGCCUAUAUACCUAUAGGUACGUACCACUGCUGGACACAGGCCUCCUCCUAUGCGCGAGAGUGCAAUGGGCUAUAGUGCACGUGCCCCGGGCGCCGUACAAGGGGGGGCGCCAAAAUGGGCAAAAUACUACUUACCUCUCCGCCUUGCCAAAGGCAGCAGAGAAACAUUUGUCAGUCGUAUUUACCUCCACUGUGAAGUGUGAAAUGCGGAUGGUAAUCUGGCCCACAACGCAAAAGAGAAAGCCGAUCUUUUAGGUACUCUUUUUGCCUCGAACUCGACCUUGAAAGACGACUAUCCAAUAGCAGCUGUUGCAUAUCUAUGACAUGUUGUCUAUCUAUCGACGACAGUACUAGGGUUUCCUAUACAGGGUGGCUAAAAAAUAACUGCAUUCCCGUUGCCAGGGAGGUUUUGGGAUUAUACUGAGCAACUUUUACUAAGGGACCAACCCCGAAAUCGCGAAAAAAAAAAUUUGGCUUUUUCAUACAUUUUGGCUGGUCCAUUUUCUAUGGGAGGGUACACUUUUUUUUCGCGACUUCGGGGUUGGUCCCGUAGUAAAAUUGCUCAGUAUAAUCCCAGAACCUCCCUGGCAACGGGAAUGUAGUUAUUUUUGAAAAUCCUCUAUUCCUCUCGUUAUGGGCUAUCAGAAUAUACCCUAUGUAUGUUAGCCGAUUUUUCGUAGUUUUCUUAUGAUUUUUUUUUCUUUAAACUUUUGUUGAGAAAUUCCGGGCUGAAGCUUUGCUUUGCUUUUAUGCCUUCUAUUUAAUUGUUUGUGGUAUUUGCACUGAUAACAUGAAAUAGCGAUGGGGAAGUGACCCCAUCAAAUAGUAGAAAUAACAAAAGAGGAUUUUUUAAAAUGAAUUACUAAUUUGGAAGCUUUCCACCUCAUCAGUUCCUUUGACCGGCGACUCUGUCAAAUUAUGACUAUUAAGUAUCACUUUUUUGACCUUUUAAAAAAAGCGAUGGGGAAGUGACCCCAUCAAAUAGUAGAAAUAACAAAAGAGGAUUUUUUAAAAUGAAUUACUAAUUUGGAAGCUUUCCACCUCAUCAGUUCCUUUGACCGGCGACUCUGUCAAAUUAUGACUAUUAGUUAUCACUUUUUUGACCUUUUAAAAAAACUUAGAGUCUAGCAGUUUCUAAAAUAACCAAAAGUCCUUGAAAUGGCUUGUAUUUUUAUUUAUUUUGGGUAAGCGCAAAAUCUAAGCUUGACAUGCUUGAACGUAAAACUUUGUCUUUCUUUUCUAACUCAGCCAAGUGAGGAUGCUGAUUUUUUUUAGCAACUGCGCCGUUUGUCAAGGAUUAUGUUACAAAAAGAAACAUUCAAAAAAGUUCAAUAGUUUUUUUAAAUAAAUUAAUUGCUUCACGCCGGAAUUUCUUAACAAAAGUUAAAAGUAAAAAAUAAAACAUAAAUCGAAAACUACGAAAAAUCGGCUAACAUACAUAUUCUGAUAGCCCAUAGCGUGAGGAGUCUAAAAAAAAAUUUUGGAUGUCAAGGUUUGGACCAUCCUGCCGCACAUGCCGUGCCAACAUCCCUCGUUCUGUGAUGCUAGAAUGUCGCGAAAAACCUUUGUCAGAUAUCGAGAGCAUUCUAUCCAGAGUUUCGGUGUGGGAUCGGGACAAUUUAGUCCAAUUCAAACCCACCAAGCCUCAAUUUUGCGCGUUUACCGCUAAGAAAACCCCAUUUUUCAAGGCACAACCCUUCCCAUGUCAGCGAGUAUUGGGAGCCUCGGUGUCGACAUCUCCAGUGACGUCCAAUUUCAUAGCCACCUUGCAGGGUAGGCUGCGCUCGUAUCAAAAAAAAAAAACUCGAUGCUCAAUAAAGGGAGGCGAUACUUUACUCUGGGGUACUGUGUGUAUUUUAUGUAAGUCGCAAGUCGGAUUCCAUAUAAUGAAUACUGCUGUCACCUUUGGGCAGGAGUACCUGGAUGCCACCUUCGACCCUUCGAAUCAGUCCAAAAGCGCGCUCUACCUACGAAUAGUCUACGAUCCCAAACUCACAAGUAACCCUUUCGUUUGUUUUCGGCAAAUUUGGUGCCUGCCCCGGGCGCCAUAUCCUCUAGCUACGCCACUGGUCGUUCGUUCGUUCGUCGCGCGGUGUCGCAGGAAAAGGAGGGGCUAUUAAAAGCAGUUUUAAUAAUAACGAUUUUUGGAAUCAAACCGAAAUGAUAGUACUUCACGUCAAGUACACGAAGUACAUGAAACCGGUAUAAAAACACAAUUGGUAUCCGCGGCUAUUCAGAAAAGUGUACCAUUAAGUUUUUUUCGAAAAACUAAAGUUUCGGAAACUUUUUUCUUUCCUUUUUAAAUCGAUAGAUCUCGUAGUCUGAGUAAAAAAAAUAGUUCUAUUGUUAGACAUAAAUAAUUAAUUUUUAGACAUAACCUGAAAGUUGAUAUUGCAACAAUAUUUUCUUAAAUAUCUAGGUAAAAUCCCCUUUAGGCGUGGUUUAAUAACGGAAGUUAUAAAUAACGUAUUGCACAAAACGCUGAGCUUAACUUUUAAUCAAAUCUUUAACGGUUAAAGGACCCGUGGGUAAAUAACUUAACCAUUAGUAAUCACCUUUUAUUAAAUUAAAUAAUUGAACACAUUCCAAAUGAGUUUACAGUGAUGAGUUGAUGACUCGUCAGUCUCAUCACAUACCUUCUUAGAAUAUUUAACUUUUACUAUCGUAGGUUAUUUUUCUUAGGUACGCAGUAGGUAUUUUUCUGCAAAAUUUUAGCACGCUUAUAUUUUAAUCGAUAAAGGGUCAAACCCUUUUAUAUAAUUACCUAUUUUUAGCUACCUACCAACAAAGAGGUUAGAUAUGUGCUCUUGUUAAGUAGCUAAUCGAGAUCUUUAUGGCAUAACUUACUGGGGCAUGCAUUUAAUUCCUAAAUGCAUGCCCCAGUCAUUAAAGCCGCACGCAUUAGCACAGUAAUUAAACGUGUAGUUGUUCAAACUACCAAAGAAUAUUAGAAACAUCUGAAAGUUUGAUCUUGUUUAGAUAAUAAUGUUUGAACUUCUCAUUAAUUCCACUAAAAAAACGUAUACUUACGUAACCUUUAGACAAUAUAAGGUUAAAUACUGCCAAUAGCUUACUCAAGUGGACGUUGUAAAUGGUUUUAUCUGACAGGUUUGAAGUCUAGUUCUAGGGUUCAUUUUUCCUGUAAUGUUUUCACUUCGUUAACAAGAAAUUUAAUACUUUUUGGGUUUUUUUUACCUCGAAACCCGGAAUACGAACUGAGAAACUCACCUAUCAGUUCAAACCACGCCACCAGUACAGUCACCUGCAAUAAUAUGUUACUCUUCGAAGGCCGCAAAAAUAUGUGACACGUUCUUAUGAUUAUGACUCUACAAAUAAGAUCGGGUCAGAUAUUUUAGCGGCCUUCGUUGUGUAACAUACUAUUGCGGGUGACUGUACCAAUUCACGAAUUCAUGUGAAGUGCUCACCUGUGUAGGGCUUCGGGCGUUUAAGUAAUAACCUAAUUGAUUUUAGUUAAUUGUGAAAUCAUUGUGAAUUUGUCUUAAUAAAUUAUUAUUAAAUAUGUUUACUAUUGCCAAAGAACUUCGUCUGCUUAGAUAGUUUUUUUUUCCUUGUCAACUUAUCAACUUUUAAUGUUCAGAAAAAAAAGACGAUGAUGCAACGAAUACGAAUACUCGUAUUAACAAACCAUUCGUAUUUAUUAGUGCUUAUUGCAAAGUUUGCUUAUUUUAUAAUUAUAUAUGUUUCACAAUGCCUUAGAUAUAUAGGAUACACACAAUUGCAUUUACUUUUUAGUAGUAUGUAGGUACCCCAGCACCCCACCUAUCUCUAACAGCGGAAAUUUUCACUAAGUAACUCAAAGGAAAACGUUAAAAAGCGAAUCAGAAAGAGGCCGUGUGGCUAGUCCCCAAUAAAAACCCGUAACAUUAUGGCCGUUAUUCCGUGAAUAUGGUGCUUGCAUACCUACCUAUAAACAAAUUGAAUAUGUACCUACAUGGUUAAUACCCAGUUAUUUAUUAAUUGUAGCUAAUAAAUAAAGUGACUCAGUUUAUUUUAAAUUUGGAUGAUUCGUAACGGCUUAGGCCUUGUAGUAUAAGUCUCCAUAUUAUGGAGACCUAUACAGUACCGGCCAAUAAUAUAUCACCUUUGUGUUUUUUUGUAUGAGCAUGUAUAGAGUGAACUACAAGUCAAUGUUAGCUUCUUAAGACACUAGUCAAAUAUGAACGCUAUGAAAGUUAUGUAGGUAAAUGUUGCUUAAUAUAUUUGUUUAUCUUAAGACGUGGUGACUUACAAAGCACUAAAUAAUGAACUGUAUUAUUUUACACAACAGUUGUUGUUUAUUCAUAUAAUUAAAAUGAAACGAUUAAUAUAUUUUAAAUGUGAGAUUACAUAACGUAAAUCGAUCAGAUGACCUGUAUUUUCUGUGUAUUUUAAUUAAUAAAACACGCUGGAUAAAAAGAC